AUGCGGUUCUCAUCUCUCGGCCUUCUAGCUGCUUUUUCUGCGCUCGUUGCUUGUCAGAAUGCCUCCUCGAACUACAUCGUAGACUUGGGAUAUGCUAAGUAUAGAGGCUCGUUGAACGAUACAUACACGAACAUCGUCAACUACUACGGCAUCCGCUAUGCCGCCCCUCCCGUCGGCGACCUCAGAUGGCAACCGCCAAUGGACAUCGAAAGCCACAGCAAUCUCACUCCCACCCGCGUCCAGGACGCCACAACCCGCGGCCCAACCUGCGUCCAAGGCAUCCCAUACUGGAGACAGACCACCACCCCCAGUGGAAGCGAGGACUGCUUACUUCUAGACGUCCUCGUCCCAAAGAAGCCAGCCAGCGAUUAUGUCCCUGUUCUUGUCCAGAUCCACGGCGGAGGCUACGACCAAGGCAACAGCCAAAGCAACCCUGGCUACAUGAUGGUCAAUCAAUCGAACGACAACCUCAUCUACGUCUCCAUCCAGUAUCGUUUGGCUGUCUUCGGCUUCAUGAGCAGCGCUGAGGUGAGAGAGAACGGAGCUGCCAAUGCUGGAUUGCUAGAUCAACGAGCAGCACUCGGCUGGGUUCAACGCAACAUCCGAGCAUUCGGUGGCGAUCCAUCGAAAGUGACCAUCAUCGGCGGCUCAGCUGGUGGCGGGAGUGUGAUGGAUCAGCUUAUCCUCUAUGGAGGCGUUCCAAAUCCACCCUUCAGAGCCGCCAUCGCCGAAUACCCGUGGUGGCAGAGCUACAAGAAUAAUACGAUCCUUGAAGCUCAGUAUCGCCAGAUGCUGUCUGCGACGAAAUGUGACAACUUGGCAUGCCUCCGUAGUCAAUCUACGCAAAGCUUGAUCGAUGCUAUGCAGACGUCGCUCGUCAGCACCGGAUGGGAGAGUUACUAUGGAUGGGGGGACUUUUACUAUGGACCUGCCAUCGAUGGAGAGGUGAUUCGUGAUCUUCCAUCGAACGAGUUCAAGAGAGGACACUUCUCGAAGGUGCCGCUUAUUGUUAACAGAGACGCUUACGAGGGCUACAACUACAGCCCAAUGAACAUAAGCACGCAGUCCAACUUGACGAGGGAGCUCAACACGAUAUUCCCGUACGCAAAGCCAUCUUUCUUCAAGCGCCUGUACCAGCUGUAUCCUGCCAACGAGUUUAACGGCACCUUCUGGCGCCGGGCGCAGAUCUACGGUGACUACAUCAUUGAUUGUCCAACAUACUACAUGGCUACGGCAAUGUCAGACUGGGGCAUGCCGACCUGGAAGUUCCUCUUCAACGCCGGCUCGCAGCUUCACGGGGCUGAUGGUCCUUUCUUGUGGGGUCCACCAGAGUCCAUCAACAACUUCACCAUCUCCAACAUCCUCAAAGACUGGUAUCUCGGUUUCGUGCAAAAUCUAGAUCCGAACAGCGUCUCGAACUCUGGCACACAGAAGCCUUUCUGGCCGCAGUAUCAGUCCGAGGGUACCAUGGACUUCCCGAUCAUGGAUAUCAACUACACGAUGAUGGGCGUGACGCCGGACUUUGAUGCGAAUGCAAGAUGUGACUUCUUUCAUGGGCAGAGCUAUGUCGUUAGGAACUGA